UUCAAUGCGUGGAGGGAGCAGAGGUCAGCGCGCCAGAGGGACGCCCUCCCCUGAUUAAGACUUACAGGAAACCCUUUGAAAUAUUUAGAUGAUUAGGAGAGAUCAGUCCAGAUCACCGGGUGACACAGGUCAGGAUGGGUUAUUUUCUUGGAUGAGAGCCGCCAGUGGACUCUCGCACCGGGAUCGCUCGGGCUUUCAGGAGCACUGAAGUCGCAGCGCUCCUCCCGGGAGCAGCUGCGGGCGGCUGGCUGGCCGUCUGGUUCGCUCUCAGAAGGGAGGGCUCGCGUUGAGUCCUGGGGUCUCCCCCUGAUAACACAGCGGGGGGUGGGGUGGGGGUCCGACGGAUGACCUGUUCGGGAGCUAAUUUCGUCCCGCAGUCAACAUGAUCAUGGAGUUUUUCCCCCUGAAGAAGCUGCGGCGGAAUGGCAAAUAUUUUCUGUUUGCGGCGAUUCUCCUGGUUGGACUUUUGGCAGUUUACCACGAGAUGGUUGCUGCAAGAGCUUGGAGCAGUGAUGUCGGUGUUGAUCCCGACAGCAGCAACUGGAGGAGAGCCAUGCUAAAUCAAAAGGGGAGAGAAGAUGGUCGACCAGACUGGGUGGAGGAUCCAGACUCUUGGAGGUCCAGCUUCACUCCACAAGCAUGGAAACCAGAGUUUAAGGGACAGGCCAAUCUGCAUGUGUUUGAGGAUUGGUGCGGCACCUCUACCGCAGACCUGCGCAAGAACCUGCACUACCCCCUGUAUCCACAUUCCAGGACCAGAGUCAAGAAACUUGCUGUUUCUCCUCAGUGGACCAACUAUGGACUCAGGAUAUUUGGAUAUUUACAUCCAUAUACAGAUGGAGACUUUGUGUUUGCAGUGAGCUCUGAUGACAACUCUGAGCUUUGGCUCAGUACAGAUCAAUCCCCGCUUAAUGUCCAGUUGCUGGCGUGGGUCGGAAAGACCGGUACGGAAUGGACGGCCCCGGGGGAGUUUGAGAAAUAUGCCAGUCAGACCUCCAGACCAGUUAGGCUUUCAGCUCAAAAGAGAUACUUUUUUGAAGUUAUUCACAAGCAAAAUGACAGAGGGACUGACCAUGUGGAGGUGGCUUGGCAGCUAUUGGACCACAACUUCAGAUUUACGGUUAUUGAGUCGAAACACAUCUCCCUUUAUGUUGAUGAGUCUGACUUGAGGAUGAACUAUGUCACCCACAUACCACAGACAGUUGCGAGUCAUGAGCACACCUUCUCAAAGCAGCGCAGUAGUGCUGCAGUAGACAUGCUGAGGGAAGACCCGAGAGACACACUCUACCAAGUCCAUCUGAUAAACAGCAAGUAUCUACAAGGCAUUCUUCCUGACUGCACAUAUAACCCCACCUACACGAUCAAAGACUUCCCUCUGCUUCGUUACCAAGGACUCCAGUUUGUUCAGAUGUCCUACAUCUACCCGAAUGACUACACCCGGCUCACACACAUGGAGAGAGAAAACACCUGCUUCUACCCAGAGAGCUCCUAUUACAAGAAGAUGUAUGGUUUCUCUAGGUACAUGAGAUUUGACCGCCCAGAUACUCACAAAAAAGGAAACGGAGACAUAGAUUUUGGUUUGCAGAGUAUAAAGUCAGUCCAUGAGCAGGAGAAGGACAUCUUUGGCUACAACGCCAAACACAGAGAGAAGGAAACAAAAGCAGACCAGAUGAAGAACAAUGUCUAUCCAGACUACGGAGAUGAUUAUGACGAUUAUGUGCAGAACCGCCGGCGCAAACUUUUCUCCUUUGCCACAAGAGGCAUUGAUGAUACACUGGACAAAUCUCCUGAUGAAAGAGAACGCAUAAAAGACUUUCAGAAUAGAAAAGAAAAGGGUGCUGUUCCACAACCUCAAAAGGAGGCAGGCAAAAUACCUAAAAAGGUAUUCGAACAAGAUCCGCAUCAAAACAGGACGGAGUUUAAACAUGAAGGCUCAAUUAAAAAAGUAGAACCGAAAACGAAAACAAAGGUUAGAUCAGCAAAGAUACAGAAAGUCAAAGCCAUCGCAAAACCAAAGCAAACUAAUUCUUCAGCCCUUAUUGGUAACGGAGAAAUUAAAGCAAAGCAACAACUAGCCAUUCUGCAGAAUCGAAACCCGAGAUAUUCAAAAACAAACCAUACUCAAAUCCAGAAACUCAAAAAGUCUCCAAUUGAAAGAGAGGACAGGCCUGAAGCUAUGCCUCAAAAACCCACUGCGGUCAACAGGCAGAAGCUUCCAGAGACAGAAAAGGUUUUCCAUCCGGAUAUCAACAGUCAUUUCACUACUACAAACAGAAAUGGCAACCAGUUUAUCGGAAAAUCAAAUGAAGCGGAAACUGAUCCCAGAAAAGCUCUCCGGGAAAAGGAGAUAGAGCUGAAUAAGCCUUUACAACAAGACCUGGAUAAUCACAACAAUAGUGAUAAAAUGAGUACUCGAGGAAAAACAUUUAAAAAGAAAUCUUACUUGAGGGGAGAGUGGGAUCAUGCAGGGGAAGAAGAUGGUGAUCACAACAGAACUGAGAUCAGAAGAAAUGCAACCCAUAGAGAUUCAGAUUCCAUGUGGGAGCAACAAGGAGACAUGGCUAUAGAUCCUGAUGAAGAGGACCUCACUCCAGCACCAGUUUUCGAUACUCAGGUCAACUGGAACCAGACCUUCCAGGUUAACCACCUGGACCUGCAGUCGCAGCGUUCCGACUGGAUCGACCUUUCCUGCAACGUCUCCGGAAACCUGCUGCUGAACCCCAGUGAUGCUCUGGCUGUUGUUCAUGCCUUUAUGGAUCGUCUUAAUGAAAAGCACAAGGGGCGAUUCACAUUGGUUCGCGUGCUUAAUGUUGUUAAGCGUGUGGACGGAUACAGGGGCAGCCGCUACCUCUUGGAGUUGGAGCUGAAGGAUGCCAAUGGCCAGCUGCUGCGUCUGACGCAUUACAUCUACACUCUGAUUCGCCACAACCCGCAGCGCAGCCAGGACUUUAUCUUCCAGCGCUCGCAACCUCAGCUGGUUUUGUGCAACCCGGUGGGGUUCCGCUGGAAUCCCGAUGCCACUGUUCAUUUCAUAGUGCCUGUAAAAAACCAAGCCCGGUGGGUGCAACAGCUGAUUACAGAUAUGGAGGAAGUGUUCAGAAAAACCGGAGAUUCAAAUUUUAACCUGAUCAUCACUGACUACAGCAGCACAGACAUGGACGUGGAACAGAUUGUGCAGAAAUCCUCACUCCCCAGAUACCAGUAUGUGAAGCUGAGUGGGAACUUUGAGCGCUCGGCUGGUCUGCAAGCAGGAAUUGAUCUAAUAGACGAUGACCACAGCAUCGUGUUUCUUUGUGAUCUUCACAUCCAUUUCCCUUCUUCAAUUGUUGACACAAUCAGGAAGCAUUGCGUGGAGGGACACAUGGCUUUUGCUCCUAUAGUCCUCAGACUGAACUGUGGCAGUACACCAUCAGACGCCAGAGGUUACUGGGAAGUGAAUGGUUUUGGUUUACUGGGGAUCUAUAAAUCUGACCUGGAUGCCAUUGGAGGAAUGAACACUAGGGAGUUCAGAGAGCGAUGGGGAGGAGAAGACUGGGAGCUCCUCGACAGGAUCCUCCAAGGUGGGCUGGAAGUGGAGAGGAUCUACUUGAGGAACUUUUUCCACCGCUAUCACUCUAAACGAGGCAUGUGGAACCGGAAGAUGUCAGCGAGCCAAACGUGACCCCACCUCAACAUCACCAUUUGCACAACUGUGGCAACCGAAGCACUUUAAGGCUGGACCGCGCCUCCUGCCCCCAACUGUGUUUAACCUGCUGACUGUCAAAGAAAGGGACAUUAGAUCGGUUCCUGAAUUCGUUCACUCAGGCUGUAUGACGAAUGUGGUGACAAUGGAGCUUAUUGUUACCCAGAUGCUGCUGCUCAGAGUUUAUUCACUGGAUUUGCUCUUGACUACUACUACUGCUGUAGCAAAUGAUGAAUGGUACCGACUACAAGUCCUCGCUGUUCACCGUGCUGCCUGCUGAAGUGCCGAUCUGCAUCACAGGCUGCAAGGAAAUAAAUCGUUCCAAAGAUGAAACUGAACUUAAAUAAAUACACUCCAAGAAUGUAUGCAAGAACACACAAGUGUCCUUUUUUCAACCUUGCACGUAAGUGAACUGGUAAAAAGGACGGGAAGAAAAUCAUGUUUGGUUUGCGUAUAUCUUAAAUACAACUGUUCUUUAUUUUUAUAAAUGACAGAUGUAAUAUUUAUCAAAUCAGUUUCUGGUUUAAUUUUUGUUAAACAUUUAGCUUUAUUUUCAGCCUCGGUCAUAUACCUCAGUUUGCUUAUCAAGUGCCCUAUUUUUUGGUGUCUUCUUAUUGUGUAGAUUUCAAUUACUGAUAGAUGUUUGCAUAGACAAGUUCUUUAUGCAUUUAAUUUCCAGAAUUAUUUUUAUUUCAUUCUUGAAAUGUGGAAGUUUUGUUUUAUGCAGUGCAGAAAUAACUUGUAUAUAAAUCACAGCCUAUUGAUCUGAUCCUUGGUUGUAAAAGGAUUUCUGAUUACUAUGUGGACAUUGUUCAGAUAACAUCUGAGAGAUUACAUAGUUGAAGGACCAAUGUGUUUUUCUGAGCCUUAAUUAAUGCUUAUUAAGUAUGGCUAUGUUUAGCAUGUGUGGACAGUCUGUUGAAAAACAUGAAAAAAACCUGCAGAAUUAAGGUUAUUUAUAUUCUUGGUGAUAGUUGAUGUUCUUUUUAUUAAUUGUUCUGUUGUGUAAUUCUUUUUUUUUCUCUUUUUUUGCAAACACAGAUGGUACUAGGGCAGAAAAAAAUAUCUAUUAUAAUACAGGGUUUCUAUUCAAUCUGUAAAAGUUUGGAAUUUGAGUAUUUUCAAGAUUGAGUAUGAAAAACUUGCAAAAUCUUUGUAUUGUACAGUGUUUUCUCCUACCAACUUCAAUUGUCAGUCAAUUCAUCUAUUCAUUCAUCCAUAAGGUUCCACAUUUAAAGUUUGAUGAGUGCAGAAAAAGAAAAAAGAUUUUUCAUAAACUUUUGUAUUUAUUCAAAGAGUGAACUCCCCAAUUUGUUUCAGAAUAUAUAUAUUGGAUUUUGGCACAGGGAAAUAAAUGGGAGCCCUGUAUAAUGUGUAAAAUCAAGUUUACAACUACAUUUUCAUUUUUCUUACAGAUUCCAGUUUAACUAGAGCUUUGUGCCACUCCGAUCAGUGCCUUGAAUCUGAUGGACAUCAGACUGUUAAGCUUGUCAUUUAGGCCAGUAAAGAUGACUUUUCUAGGCUGAUGCCAGAAAUUGUCUGGUUUUCUUUAUUUAUAACACUGAAGAUACUGUCAUCUUUUGUUUUUAAUGUUAUCUUAGCCUCAAAGGUGGAUCUUUUCCUUUUUGUUGCUGCUCAUGCCUAACUGUUGUAAAAAUUCUAAGUUUAGAUGUAGUUAUUUUUGCUCUAUGCCGGAAAGACGUCUUUGUUGUAAUUUUGUUUUUCUUCUAUUGUCUCUUCUCAGGGAUGUGUUACACUGCCUUGACAAAUCCCAGGGGAAAACUUAAAAAAAAUAAAUAAAGAAUAAAAUUUCAGUUUC